AUGGUACCACCUCCAACUUUAACAAACAAUCCUAGUAUGCCAUUUAGUGUAACAGAUAUUCUUCAACCAUCUGAUAUUGAUGCUUCAACAUCUUAUAAACGUUCAAUUGAAAUGGCACAUGCAUUAGCUGCUGUUUCAUCAUCAUCAUCAUCAUCAGUUUAUUCUACACAACUUUCAUCAAAUCAUGUAGCAUCAACUAAUCUAUCUAAUCCAACAUUUGGACCAUCAUCAAUACAUAAUAGUUAUUAUGGUCCAUCAUCAACAACAACAUUUUCACCAAAUAAUCAAUAUUAUGAUUAUAGUAGUUCAUUUCAAAAUAGCGGAAAUUCAACUGGACAAUAUUCAUCAAGUCCAUGUUGGUAUGGAUCAGCAGCAAUGUCUCGAUAUUUAGUUGGAUCAUCGUCAGCUGUUGAUAGUGCAGCUUUAGCUGCAAGUGUUUAUGGACAUCAUCAAGAUCCAAUGAUGAAAUCAGCAUAUGUACAAUUUCCAUUUGUAUCACAAAAACGUAAACGUCGGAUAUUAUUUAAUCAAGGACAAAUCUAUGAAUUAGAACGACGUUUUAAACAAAAAAAAUAUUUAAGUGCACCAGAACGUGAAAAUCUUGCAAAUAUUCUUCAAUUAACACCAACACAAGUUAAAAUUUGGUUUCAAAAUCACCGAUAUAAAACAAAAAAACAAGCUAAAGAACGUGAAAAACUUGAUGCAAAACAAUAUCGAAAAGAUCAUUAUCAACAACAACAACAACAAUUUAGAUAG